AUGGCGGCUGCUAGUGGGCGACAUGGGCGCAGACAUAUUGGCUCCCUGACCCUCACCGGCCGCCGUAGCGGUAUUCCAGGGACCAGUGGGCUGGGAGGAAAAGCGCGCGAAAAGUCAAAGCUUCGGCCCCUCAACAAAGUCUUUGUAACAAAAUCUUGGUUUGGCAUCUAUCAGAAAACACACACUGGAGAGAAACUGUACAACUGUAGUGAAUGUGAAAAAGUCUUCAUCCAAAAACGGAAUCUUAAGAUUCAUAUUCAAAUUCAUAUAGGGGAGAAACCUUAUUUAUGCAUUGAAUGUGGAAAAGCUUCAGCCAGAAGUUGUGGCUUACAGUGCAUCUGUGAUGUCAUCAGGAAAGACCUUUCUGUGGUCUCUGUGGCAAAUUCUUUUCACAGAACAGACAUUAAACAUCAGAGGAUUCACAGAGGAAAAAAACUAUGA